AUGGCCAAGGAGAAAGACCCAAAGUAUGUUGCGAAUUCGGCGGAUGUCGGUGUGAGAGACGAGUUUUGUGCAUUGGUUUCAAAGCUUGAUCUUGAUAGUGGUGAAACGGAGCAUGAUGAGUUGCAAUCGGCAGUUGAUGAAUUGAAAGCAUUUUUAGACAAAGGUUUCAACCUCACCUCAAUAGCACAGUCAUUUUCAUAUGCAUCUACAGUCAAUGACAACAGAACACUCACGUAUUUGACAUCAGCAUUGUCUAAAGUGAUUGAUUUUUCAAAUGGAAAAGAAGAGCUAUCGGAAAGUGUUUCGGGACUUAUAGACCAAAUAUUGGGCCACAUUGGUGUUUUCCAUCGGAGUUUGAGCAGUUUCAGGCCCAAUAUCGUGAAUCCAAUGUUGAAGUUGAUGAUCUCGAUAAUAGCAUUCGACAAAGGCUCCAGACUUGACAAAUUUCUCGAUUCUUUUGAUCUCACAUUAAAAUCGCUUCCGAAGUUAGCCAUUCCCUCAAAGACGGAGUCGCUGGAGCCUGCCAUGUGUCAAAGCGAUGCCUCUGUUAGGCACAACUUCGUGAGUUUCUGGCUUGCAUUUUGCCAGGCGGUGACGCCACUCACGAGAAAAGAUAUACUCACUACAAAUUCCCGAGUCAUGAGUAACAUAUUUCGAUACAUAGCAGGCUUUGACAGCCCGGAUCUUCAGCACAGUGUGCUAGAGUUUAUGGACACGUGUGUGCUGAUGGAGCCGUCGUACAAGAAGAUGACUAAAUGCCGAAUAGUCGGUGACUGGGUGAUCACCAAGCUUGUCGAGUUGUAUUCGAUAAAACGCCUCCGCAAGGAAUUGCAGCUGUUGCUUUUGAAGAUGUGCACGGAUGAGGCCGAUGGGCUUGUUUUCCGUGACGACAAAGCCUGGUUUUCGGACGAUAGUGCCGGUGCAGUUGUUACUGUUGGUGCAAAACAGUUCAAAGUUCACAACAAGUUGAUAUUCACCAUGUUGGUCAAACUCCAGCCUUGCGUUGACGAUCUUCAGCUUGAUCUGGUUGUGAGAGUCUUGGAGCACAUCCCGGAGCUUGUCCCCGCAUAUAAUUACUACUGUUUCUUCACAAAUGGUGCACACGAUCCCAAACUCACGUCUUUUUAUGUUGGCCAGAGUCUUCUUUUGCUCAAGCUUGUUCAGUUGCCUGUUCCAGCCCAGUUUCUCAAGACGAUAAAGAAGAAAAUCCAAUCUGAAACGGACGUACGGGCCACCGCAAACUCAGAAAACAGCAAUGUGCUUCUUUGGAACAUUGCAGAAGCCAUCUGUCCAAGCCAGUUGACGAGAGCUGCAUUUGUGAAUGGUCUCGGCUCGGAUUCGGCUCUUAUCGUGCAUAUUAACCUCGUCCUUAUGGUUGCAAUACUGCAGAAGUAUCAACAGUUCAGCCUGAUACUCUCUUAUGAUAGCAACCAAAGCUACUCGAAGAUCGGCUUGGAGUUGACGGAGAUUCUCAAAAGCCAGAAAUUCCCUCCUUUGGACGUACUCGGCCGCAAAAUCAACGAAUUGCUUUCCUCGGGAAAAGAAUCCCAGAAUGUCCUGCUUCUAAACGCUUUCAAGGUUGCUGAAUACUACAAUGAGGUGUUUGGUGAGUCGGCAAACGUCCGUUUGCACUCUUUUGACCUCACGCAACCAGAUAAGCAGUUUAAGGGGCUCGAUAUGGCAAUUCUAAGCUCGUAUCUCCGACUUAGUGCCGGGUCCCCGGAGCAAUGCUCUUGGUGGAAAAGAGAAAAGAACGCCAGCAACACUCUCUUCACCGCCUUGCUCACACUUCCCUGCCAUCAUGCUGCAAUCAGCGUUAGCGACAUCGUUUCUGUUGUUUCGUCUUUGACCUCGGACACCUUGAUGUUUUCUGGUUUUAGGGAUGCAAACAACAAAGUGCUUUGCUCCCAGGUUUACGCGCUGGUUUUGUCCUUGAAGCGUUUGUCCGUUUUGCACGGCUCAGAAGAGGUGCAAGGUGUGUGUCACGUGAUCGAUGAAUCCGUCUCCAGGUGUGUUCAAUCCCCGUACAAGUAUGUGGAUCAGGCGGCUAAGUACAACUCGGGGCUCAGUCCAUUGUUUGUGGUGCUUCUCGAGCAGUCGAAAUACUAUCAGGGAGAUUCUUCCCUCUUGUUUGAGUGGAUCCAGCUUGUUGUUCGGUAUUUAUUCUUGCUUGGAGAGCCACUUAGUGCCAUGAAGCAGUGUUUGGCGGAAUACUGGCCGAAAGAGGUGUCGAUCACGCUUGAUUUGGCGAAAUAUGAGGCCUCCUUGCAUGAAUUCUGCUCGAAAUACUCGAAAACGGAACUUUCAGGUUCCGUGAUCGAAAAUCCUACAGACAACCUCCUAGACAUCCCCUUUUCGGAGCUUUCUUCGCACAUUUCGGCAGUCAUCCCAACCGCGGACUUUGAUGCCGUUUGCUUGCUGAUCAGGUGCCAUUCGAUCGUUGUUUCCGAGGAUAUAUCGUAUAAAAAGGCGGAAACGUUGUUGUCGAAGAUUCUUUCCAAGUUGGGAAGCUAUAUUCUCCAAAAGAUAGAUGAUAUCGUGAGCAGAAGCAAAGCUGAGGGUGUGCCUCUUCUUUCAUCGAAAUACUGGAGACCGCUAUUUGUGGGAAGUGCUGAUUUAUCUUCCUCGCAUGGUGAAAAUCCCGUCCUCAGAAAGCGGAUGCUGACUUCCGCUCUACUUAACGAGGUGAUGGUUGCAGUUUCAGCACAGAUAUCUAACAGUGGGACCCAGUGCGACUUGCUUUCGGACUAUUCCUCGGCGAUUUUCGCACUCUUGACUUCUUUGGAUGUCGAAUCUGGUGAAAAAAUGAGGGAAAUGCUUGGGUCAACAGUCUGGGUUCUGCGUGAAGAUCAGAUUGUGAGUCUGCUUACCAGCUUGAAGGAUCGUUUUGUUGUUUCUUCGCUUGUUCAAGAAGCCGCAAUAAGAAACAUGUCUGUUUCAAAGGAGCUUUUCAUGUCUUUGCUGAGUCAGCUCAACGAGAAUAAUGUGAAUUCGUUCUCAAGACUUGCCAACAGCAUAGAUUUUGAUUCCGUUUCUGUGGCUACUCUCUUGAAAGCAAGGCAAUCAACCGUUUUCCCGAUUCUUACGGUUGCAGCUUCGAAAAAGAAGGAGUUGGCACAGACUUUGGCUACUGAUGUCACAGAUUCUAUUGAUGACAUCAUUGUUUCUGCCGACGGGUUAGUUUUCCUAAAUGUUCUUUCCAAGCAGGUCCCGGAGUUUGGUGAGAUGCUUUAUCCAAAGGUAGUCGAGGCAGUGAGGCAGAUUGUGUUGUCGAAAAGCUUCGAUAAUGCGAAAUUGAAGGUGCUUCUUGCGAUUUUGUCACAAUCCAGCUCGCACCCUCAAAAUGAAGAUGGAAGGAUUGUUGAAAAGCUCCUGGAGCUGCCUGCAUUCUCAAACGAGGCGUCACUCGUCUUUUCGAGGGAGUUUGAAGGCUUGCUGGUUAAGUUUGGGGACCUUAUUGAGAAGUCUAAGAUACGGUUAUGGCUUCAAAGGGCAGCCUUAUACACUACGCAGAUGUUUUCGGAGUGCAAAGGCGAAAAGUUGCCGGCACAGUUUGUGGAUUUCCUCAUUGCAAUGGAGACAGUUCUGCGGGAAUUCCCGAUAUGGAAAUACGUCCCCAAGGGAGUCGUCAACUCGCAAAUUGAAGGUAUUCUUGCAACAAAGUGGAUUCGGAACACGGAAGUUCUCCGGUAUGUAAUUCGAGUCUUGUGUGCUGGAUCCGGUCACUUGAUAGAGGCAACUAGAGUUCUUCAGAUAUUCAUCAACAACGAAUGCAAUGGUUUGAGAAAUAGUGCCACUGACAGAGAGACGCUGCAGAUUCGCUUUUAUUCGGCAUUGAUCAUCCACAGGCUUGUUGAAAAUGAGCCCAAGAGCCUGGCAUCGGUGGAUGUGAUGCUUUCCAUCGUGAAAUUCCACACUGCAACGAUUUUCCCCGAUGAUAGCAUAUUGCGACUCGUUAUGAGCCGGCUUGAGGAGUGUUUGGGCGUUAGUUGGAUCAACUAUGUGGUUGAUUGGGAGCUCAGAGAAAGCAAUGAUGAUGAUGAUGAUGCCAACGAUACCGAUGUUAGGAGUAAGUAUGCUUCGGAUGAUUGUCUGUUUGUGGAGUCUUCUCCUUCCUCUUUGCAGGAUCUCCGUGUUAUAAUCCGGAAAUCCAUCGUUGACCAAACCAUCAGCCACUUUUCGGAAACACAGAGUGUUAGUUUGCCCCAUCCAGAGUCUGAUGAGGGAUUCUUGACGGCAUGGGUUGGCUACUUUGAGGAAUUCGGUGCUGGUUUGGGCAGCAAGAUUUUAAAGAGUGAGUUCCGGUACGACAGCGGAUUUUUGAUGUUGGCACUUUUGAACAACGACGAGCUCUUUAAGUUUCAGGAAGACAGGCUCAAGGUUUCCGUCCGAGCCCUUGUGGAGUCCGGGAUGUUGCAGUUGAUCGUGGUGAAUCUGGUCAAUGCAAAAAAUCACGUGAGGCAUAUUGCCAGAAAACUCGCAGGUGCUAUAUUUGCGACCCUUGAUGAGCAGAUGAAGGAGAUGGAAAAGCAUAACUCGGAAAAGGAGAUUGAAAAGUACCACUCGGAGAAAGAGAAAUUGCAAAAGUACCACUCGGAGAAAGACGAGUCGGCAAAAGAGACGCCGAAGUUCCGUCCGUACAAAGAAAGAGCGAUUUUCAAACUCUUCUUGGGCAACCUACUCAACACGAUGGAUGAUGCAGAAACGAAAAGUGAGGAUUCCGGCAGUAACGAGAGCCACGAGAACGACGUCGCACCGAUCGUCUUCGUCUUCCUCUCGCACUUGGUCCCCAUUCUAAUGAAUCCGGGCCACUUCAUGUAUGAAAAGGCUUACCGAUAUCUGCUGGGAGCUCCCCAGUUCAGAACUUACGAGGUUCCUUUCUUCAAAGCUGUCAUGUGUCUCUUCACCAAGGAUCAACAUGCUUCGGCCGAGUCGGACAACUCCGAGGACUACUACCGCCGGCUCCACUGGUUCCUAUCCACACUAAAGGAGUCCAUCACGUGUCCUGCUGACUUCAGAAUCAUCAGGAAAGGCUCCUUCCUGGAAACUUUGUUGAUGUUGGUGCAUUCUCCAUUUCUAUACAUGCGAACUCAGGGUCUCAUCACCGAUGUACUUCUCAAAUUAGUCGGUGUUGCAAACGGUGCUGAUACUUUGAUUCGGUCGUCUGGUCUUCUUUCUUUCUUGGAGCAGUACUGUAAUGAACUCCGCAGCUCAAAGAAGCUUCUGGACCACCACCCGAACGCAAAAGCAAGGAAGAACUUUCUUCUUUUGGAGUAUCAGAGGGUUGCAAUUGAAGCUGAGUUGUCCAGCAGUUGCAAUGGGUCAAAUAAGAGGGCCUUGGAGUGGACUGGAGGUGAUUUGCCCAAUAGUGUGAAACGUAUAAUGAGGGAUUGA